AGACAACUGAAAAGAAAGAGAAAAAGGGCAGGGAGAAGAAAAGUGCUUCGAAAGUAAGGUUAAGGUCAGUCUUAAUAUAGGGCGCUAAUCUGGCGCGAUUGAGUGAAACAAACAAACCGGCUUGCAUGUGUUGACUGUGGGCGCGCUUGGGUAAUCGAAAUAUAUUAUUCCGUCGAAAAGGAGAAUCCCCUCGUACGUGUACGUGUCGGUGCGUUAUCAGCCAUAACAGUUGGCUUUGUGUGCGUGUGUGCGUGUGUGUGUUUGCCCUUCUAAUCGACACACUGCUGUGUGUGCUCUUUGCACGUGAAGGUAAAGAAGAGCAACCGCGUUGUUUGGGCCGGCGCCACCACCGCGGUGUGUUCGCUGACAGUUCGCAUCCAAGCUUCGAUUGAUCGAGAAGCCCCAGCCAGCAGCAUCCCCACUGAAUCUCGGCCGCGGUUUUCUGCGUAGAAGAACGAAAACAAUAACAGUUUAAUAACCUUCCCAACGGUCAACGACAACGCGCGGAACCGCUUUUUUUUGUUUUCUUGGUGUAGAAUUGCGGAACACACUACCGCGCGUGUGUGUGAUAGAGUGAGCGCAAAACUAGCCGCUGCCAUUGCCGAGCGAAAGAGACACCGCGCGAGAACAAGUGCGAGUGAUAGAAAAGGAGAGAGUGCGUGCUAGUGUUUUCGCCUUCUAGAGCGGAGAGCGUACCGGAGUCUGUCCACUGUACAGUGCACACGCUGAAUGCAAUCGUGUAUGGUGCGCCUACCCGUCCGGUGCGGAAACAAACAGAGAGGACAGCUCCUUCUUCUUCAUAUAUCGCCUCGGUUCGCGUGAAUCGAUCUCACAGGCUGCAGGUGUGCAAGUGCAUUUGCAACACUGCAACGGUGGUGCAUAUAGAGCUGGUAUAACAACAAAGAGAAAGAGUUUGUGAGAGAGCAAAAGCGAUCCAAUCCUGUAGGAUUUGUUGUUCUUCUUUGUCGGGGGAGAAGAAAAUAGUUCCUAGAAAAACACAUACACACACAAACGCACUGGGCCCCAUUCCAUUCUCAGUAGGCUGGUGUUUUGUUUUUGGGUCGCUUCUCAGAAUCCAUUCUUCGCUACGGCCAAGCGAGUGCAUUUGUUUGGCUAUCACAGCUGGUCAAAGAAAAGUGCGAACAGGAAGUGAAAAUAACUGGCCCUAAUCAAGGUUCUAAAACUCAGCGAAAAGCGCCCCGAAACAGUGAACGUCCUUGAAGCGCCACUCGGUCUCUGUGUGUGUUUCUGUUUGUGCCUGUUUCCGGCUGUGACACCAGUGAAGGAGAGAAGGCGAACAAAACAGUGAAGGCCUUGCCAAACCCCCGAACAACAGUAGCAGCAACAAUAAACAGGAAGUGUUCUAGCUGGUGGUUUUCUUUCAUUGCCCUCCGGAACUUGUUGAAGUAGUGUUUGGGCCUUUAAAUUAGCUGAAUCGAUUAGAACAUUGACACCAGUGCAGCGAGAUAUGGCGCCGAUUGCGACUACAAACGAGCCGAAAAUGGCACAAGGCGGCGAGGAAACUCUCACGCGCCACGCGGAUGCAAAUCAGCGCUACUACCCGUCGUCCACCAACCGCAAAAAUGGCAUCAACGAAGGAGGAGCACGCGAUGGAGCAACGAUGGCGUCAGUUCCGGCCACACUACUAGCAAACGACAGCAGCAACGGCAGCAGCACGGUCAAACCCUGCCCACUGCGAGCGCCCCUAGUCGUCACUGUCGUCGGACUACCCUGCCGGGGGAAAUCAUUGGCCGCCCACAAAGUUGCCCGCCACCUCAGCUGGCGAGGCGAAAGCGCCAAAGUAUUUACCGUGGAUGAAAAUGCUACCAACGAAACACUGAGUGAAAUUAGUCUUUUCUUCAAGGAGGGAAAUAAUGUUGCGAUCAUCGAUGGAAUGCAUUUGACGCGCGCCUCCCGCCAGACGGUGGCCACGUUCUGCUGCGAGGCCGUCUUUCACCAUCUGCUGAUCGAGUUCACGUGCAACGACAAAUGCCUGCAGGAGAAUGUGACGGACACGGUGCAAUUUUACCGCCAGCUCGAACAGAACGCCGACUGGGAGCGUCGCUUCCGGGAGCGCAACGAGCACCAUACGCCACAGUUCGAGCCGUGCUCGCCGCUGGAGGGUCCACUGAUUACGGUGAACAACUCGGAGGACCCGAUGUACCAUUCGGUGACGGCGCGCGGUGUACGCGGUGCCAUACAGACGGCGAUACUGGGCGUGCUGGCCAGUCCGGUCAUUCGGCAGCAAACGUUCUACUUCAGCCGGCACGGUGAAUCGGAGUACAACGUGUUGGGACGUAUCGGUGGAGAUGCAGAUUUGUCCCCGCGGGGCAUGAAGUAUGCCGACCGGUUGGCCCGUCAGCUGGGUGGCCCCGGAUCGGCACCGGACUCACCACGUCCCAAAGUGAUCUGGACGUCGGAGUUGCGGCGCACGAUUCACACGGUACAGAACAUCCCGGGACCGCGGGCCGCCAUCAAGGAUCUGAACGAGAUUAAUGCGGGAAUUUGCGAGGGCUUAACGUACGAGGAAAUACAGGAACGAUUCCCGCAAGAGUUUGCGUGGCGCGAUCAGGACAAGUUCAAGUACCGGUACCCGCACGGGGAAUCUUAUCUGGAUCUGUUGCAGCGCGUCGACAGCGUGGUGCAAGCGCUGCUGACCAAUACCGAUGUGCUGGUCGUGUCGCACCAGGCCGUGCUGCGGUGUAUUAUGGCGUACUUCAAGGGUGUUAAGCCAGAUGAUGUGCCAUACAUAAACGUGCCGUUGCACACGUUGCUCAUAGUGCGAUCGUAUGGGUACGAUUUUGUGGUCGAGACGGUUCCACUAAAGGUGGAAUGUGUAGAUACUUAUCGCAUCCAGCCGAAGAACUGCUCCACUAGUCGUACCACGGCCGAUGCCCUCACAACCGUACCGGCUCACUUCGAUGCACCCCUUACGCAGCAAAUGUCCACGACGAUCAGCUAAAGAGACCGCACACAGUCACUAAUUCAGCCCCCUUGGACGGAAGUCCCUUGGCAAGAGGAGAUGCAUGACGUUGAUAAUAGUACUUUAGUGAUGGCGAUCAACCGUACAACAAACAAACAAAAAUCGUAGGAGGGCGUCGUCGGCGUAAUUCUGCCUCCUACAUCUACAUCUCAAUUACGCUACCCUCAGGGUUGCUAGUGUGUUCCGGCAAUACAUAUAACCAUAGGAGAAAAGCCACAAACAAAACACGACGCCACGUGCUCGCUUUAUAAACGCUCAACUAUUUUUGUUGCAACGCAUCGGCAUCGGCUACGGAUCGUUCAAUAUAUUAAAAAAAAAACACAACAUAGUUCUUCCAGCAACAGCACAGUUUGUACAAAGCGUUGGCAAGAGCGGAGCACGUUGCACGUUUGCGCGGUUUUAGGAUGCUCAUUAGGAUGCAACACUGUACGCACACAGAGAGAGCACCACGGCCUUUUAGAAGAUGAUGCAUUUUUGUUAGCGGUGGAAAAAGCCACACAAGAGAGAUCCAUUAGGCUGCUUAUUGUUAAUGGCGUCGCAGAGUUGGGAGGCAUAAUUUGUGGUUUUAAAAAAAUCAAACACACACGAAACACAACACGAGAGGUUGAAAUAACGGUUGUAAAGCAAAUCACACAGAUUUUCACAGUCACAGAGGAAAUGUUUGAUAAUCAGCUAAUGAUGACGACCAGCACACAACAAACAAACAAAAAAUGGGUACAGAAGAAUGAUUUCAAUGCAUUUCAAUGCUUUCGCUAGGGUAGUUAGUGUGCGUGCAAGCGAGAAUCAGUUUACGGCACAGUGAAGUCAUAAAGUUAUGAUCGCAGAAGAAAAAACACAUACAGUAAACAUCAAAAAAGGGGGGUUUAAAAAGCCACCCCAAUAGGGGGCAAAGGAAUACAAUUGGCAGGAUCAAUUUGCAAAGCAAAACUUAAGAAAGAUCUGGUGGAAUUCAGGUAAAAAAAUGGGGACACACAAAUGGUGCAAAGGAAAAAAAGAGCCAACAAACAGAGAGCAGAAACAAUUUAAUCAAUAUGCAAACAAACAAAAAUGUUGAUAAAA